GCAGGUGCCAGCAGUGCAGCGAGGGGAGGACUUAUUCCAACUCCAUCAUUUCACCUAACCUGGAAACUGUUAGAAUCAUGCGGGUGUCUCAAACCUUUUCCGUGGGAGACUGCACGGCCGCUUGCUGUGACCUGCCCAGCUGCGACCUGGCCUGGUGGUUUGAGGGCAGCUGCUACCUAGUAAACUGCAUGCACCCAGAGAACUGCGAGCCCAGGACGACAGGCCCCGUCCGGUCUUACCUCACUUUCGUGCACAGACCUGUCCAGAAGCCGGAGCAGCUGCUGGACUACGGAGACAUGAUGCUGGGCAGGGGUUCCCCCUCUGGAGCUUGGGGGGACUCCCUUGAGGACCUCAGGAAGGACUUGCCCUUUCUAGGAAAAGAUGAGGGACCGGAAGAGACUGCUGAGUACUCAGAUGAUUACAAGGAACUGGAGCAGGGCCUCCCGCAGCCCUCCAACCCACAGGACCCCAGAGGCAGCGCUGAGUACCCUGACUGGAGCCUGCUGCCAGGCAGCGAGGGAGGUUCCAAUGUCUCGGCUGCAGAAGAUAGCUCAGCUGCUUCUACAGAGAAGCUGCAGGACCCCACACCCGAGUCACUGGACCAGAGGCAGCUGGAGGCCCUGAAUGAGUCCACUUGGUCCCCUACGCCACCCCUGCACUCUGCAGAGAGUGUGCAGCUCCCCUCUGUGACUGCUUUACCUGCAGGAGAGGGGACACAGACAGAGACUUUACAGCUCCAAGAACAACGGAGCAAUAGCUCUGGAAAAGAGGUUCUAAUGUCUUCACAUAGUCCUCCCACUGCCAGCAUGGAGUCCAGCCCAGCCAUGGUAGAGAAAAGCUCCGUUCUUACAAUCACUCCACGAAGCACAGAACACAGCGCCCCAACAUUUCCCACCAGUACAGUUCUCCCUGGGUUGACGCCACCUGCGUGGUCUGUGUCACCCACUACUUCUUCCAGGACAGUGAAGGUGCUGGCAGUGUCUGCUGGAGAUAACCUUGUGAUAACCUUACCAGACUGUGAAGCAGAACUGAAGGCCUCUGUUGAGCCAGCGCCCCCUGCAGACACAACUUACAGCUAUGAAUGGAGUUUAAUGAGCCACCCUGAUGACUUUCAAGGUGAAAUCAAACAAGGAAACAAGCCGAUUCUUCAUCUCUCUCAAUUAUCUGUGGGACUGUAUGCCUUCAGAGUGGCUGUUUCUAGUGAGAAUGCAUUUGGAGAAGGAUAUGUCAAUGUCACUGUUCUGCCAGCUGCAAGAGUCAACCAGCCACCUGUGGCAGUUGUUUCUCCACAGAUACAGGAACUCACUGUGCCUUUGACCUCAGCCCUCCUCGAUGGCAGCCGAAGCUCAGAUGACACUAAGGUAGUGAGUUACCACUGGGAAGAAGUUGACGGGCCUGUCCUAGGAGAGGUGUUUCCGGCUGAUGCCCCAGUGUUACGCUUAGGGAACCUAGAUCCUGGUAACUACACUUUUAGGUUGACCAUCACAGACUCAGAUGGUGCUACUAACUCCACCACAGCAACCCUCAUCAUCCGUGGUGCUGUGGACUACCCUCCUGUUGCCAAUGCAGGACCAAAUCAGACUAUAACUUUGCCCCAAAACACCAUCACUCUGAAUGGAAACCAGAGCAGUGAUGAUCACCAGAUUGUCCUCUAUGAGUGGUCCCCAGGCCCUGGCGGUGAGAGCAAAGAGGUGGUCAUGCAGGGAGCACAGACCCCAUACCUCCACUUGUCUGAGAUGCAGGAAGGAGAGUAUGUGUUUCAGUUGAUGGUGACAGAUUCCUCAGGACAGCAAUCCACUGCUUUGGUGGCUGUGAUUGUCCAGGCUGAAAACAACCAGGCUCCGGUGGCUGUGGCAGGCCCUGACAAGGAGCUGUUCUUCCCCGUGCAGAGUGCUACACUGGAUGGGAGCAGGAGCAGUGAUGACCAUGGCAUUGUCUGCUACCACUGGGAACACAUCAGAGGCCCCAGUGCAGUGGAGAUGGAGAAUGUGGACAAAGCCAUAGCCACUGUCACCGGGCUUCAGGUGGGUACCUACCACUUCCGCUUAACGGUGAGAGACCAGCAGGGACUGAGCAGCACAUCCACCCUCACCGUGGCUGUGAAGAAGGAAGAUAAUAGUCCUCCCAGAGCCCAGGCUGGUGGCAGACAUGUUCUUACGCUUCCCAACAAUUCCAUUACCUUGGAUGGUUCACGGUCCACUGAUGACCGAGGGAUUGUGUCCUAUCUGUGGAUCAGGGAUGGCCAGAGUCCAGCUGCCGGCGAUGUCAUCGGAGGCUCCGACAACCAGGUGGCUCUUCAGCUCACCAAUCUGGUGGAAGGAGUCUACACUUUUCAUUUGCUAGUCACUGACAGUCAGGCCUCGGACUCAGACACAGCCACCGUGGAGGUCCUGCCAGACCCCAAGAAGGAUGGCCUGGUGGAGCUGAUCCUUCAGGUUGGUGUUGAGCGGCUGACAGAACAGCAGAAGGAAACCCUGGUGAGGCAGUUGGCUAUGCUCCUGAAUGUGCUAGACUCUGAUGUGAAGGUCCUCAAGGUCCAGGCACACACGGAUGUCAGCACUGUGAUUAUAUUUUGACAGAGCGGGCCACCUUUCAAGGUUUUCAGAGCUGCUGAUGUGGCCCGGAAUCUGCACAGGCGGCUUUCAAAGGAGAAGGCAGCCUUCCUACUUUACAAGGUCUUGAGGAUAGACACAGCAGGAUGCCUUCUCAAGUGUUCAGGUCAUGGUCACUGUGACCCCAUCACAAAACGCUGCAUUUGCUCCCAUCUGUGGAUGGAGAACCUCAUACAGCGUUAUAUGUGGGAUGGCGAAAGCAACUGUGAGUGGAGUGUAUUCUAUGUGGCAGCAUUGGCAUUGACCCUGACAGUGGUAACUGGAGCAGUGACUUGGCUGUGCGUUUGCUGCUGCAGGAGACGGAAAAGGACUAAGAUAUGGAAGAAAACCAAGUACACCAUCCUAGACAAUAUGGAUGACCAGGAAAGAAUGGAACUGAGGCCCAAAUAUGGAAGACA